AUUUCAAAACUCUAGAGUCAAGACAGUAAUUCUUCAUCUUCUUCUCUGUAAAUUUCACCAUUUCAACUCACCUGCAAGCUGUAAAUCCCGUUAAUUUCUAUAAUAAACUAUAUGUACAUGCUAUACACGUUAUCUUACGUGUGUAUUUAUAUAUUCAAAUCUUCAACUAGAGGGCGACGCACAUCCAUAUAAUAUAGUACGGAGUAUAUACAUAUACAUAUACAUAUAUAUGUUGAUUUAGAGAGCAGGGGGUGGGGGAUAUGGCGAUCCUUUAUGCGUUGGUUGGCCGGGGAUCAGUGGUGUUAGCAGAGCACAGCGCGGCGUCGACGAACGCCAGUGCGAUUGCGAAGCAGAUACUGGACAAGAUCCCCGGGAACGACGACACAAACGUGUCUUACUCUCAGGAUCGCUACAUUUUCCAUGUCAAACGCACCGAUGGACUCACCGUCCUCUGUAUGGCCGACGACGUCGCCGGAAGGAGAAUUCCCUUUGCUUUCCUUGAGGACAUUCAUCAAAGAUUUGUUAAAACCUAUGGAAGAGCAGUUCUCACUGCACAAGCUUAUGCCAUGAAUAAUGAAUUCUCAAGAGUCCUCAGCCAACAAAUUGAAUACUACUCAAAGGAUCCAAAUGCAGACAGAAUAAACAGGAUUAAAGGUGAAAUUAGUCAGGUGCGCGAUGUCAUGAUUGAGAACAUUGAUAAAGUUUUAGAGAGAGGGGAUCGUUUGGAGUUGCUGGUUGAUAAAACUGAAAAUAUGCAAGGAAAUACCUUUCGCUUCAGGAAGCAGGCUCGGCAGUUUAGAAGCACUGUAUGGUGGAGAAACGUGAAGCUUAUAGUUGCAGUGAUAGUCGUCCUGUUGGUGAUAGGUUAUGCGGUUUUGGCCUUCAUUUGUCAUGGUAUUACUCUUCCAUCAUGCCGGAAGUGAGAAUCUCGUGGUUCAGAGUAUGGUCUUAAGUUGUCAUCUCGACAUGUGAUUCUUUGCACCGUUUCCUCAGGUAAAGUGCAGAUUUGUUUCUUCUUCUUCUUCUUCUUCUUCUUCUUCUUCUUCUUCUUCUUCUUCUUUGAGGGCAGCAUGGCAGAGCCAAUUCUACAAACCUCCAUGCUUGUAUGUUUUUAAAGUUUUAUGAAAAAAAAAAUGAAAAAUACUGCCACAUGACUGUGAUUUGAUCAGAUUAUAUGUUGUUAAAACCCUAUAUAUGAGGUGUAAGUUGCUUGUGAUCAUUCCAGUUUUCCAGUAUUGUCAGGCUCUGUUGAGGAACAUAGUAACUCUGACUCCAGUAAGAGUUUAUGAUGUAAAUGCUUAGUUAUAUAUAUGGAUUUUAUCUUUAUUGCUUUCA